AUGGCAAAUACUGACAAAGAAUGGGAAUUGGAGGAGGGUAUCCCUCAGUUCGAGGAUCCUUUCAUCCAACAAUAUUUAAAAGGGCGCGAUGCUUUGAUUGUCGAAGAGCAUAAGCGACGUCAUGAUGCAAAUCUUCGGCAAUCUCUGUCACCCAUAGCCGCCCGGGCGGCGAAGAUUGUAUCGCAGGUCAGAGCCCAGGAACAACGAGAGCUGUGGACGGCUGGAUUGGAUGAGGCCACCGCCCACCAGGCCGAUGAGAUUCUUUACCCCGGUGUCAUGUUCAACUUGGCCAAGGGCCGCAUGGAGAAGACUAAACUAUGGAAAAUUGUGGAAAAGAUGCCCAAGGGGUCUCUCCUGCACGCCCAUAUGGAUGCCAUGUUUGACAUCGAAUUCCUGAUUGACCAGGCAUUCUCCACGCCAGGAAUACACAUGUUGGCGCCGAAGCCCUUGAUCACAGAAAAGGAUUACGAAGAAGCGCCCGUGUUUUUCCACUACUCCUCGCAGCCUCUGGAAGCAUCAGAGAAUAAGCCGGGGAUUUGGUCGGAGACAUACGAGGCCGACUCACUAAUCUCCAUCCAGAAGGCUGCCUCUACCUUCCCCAAGGGAGGGGAGAAGGGCUUCCGGGAAUGGCUGACCUCCCGAUGUGUCCUUGUGCCAGAACAUUCAUAUCAUCAUCACCACGGAGUGGACGCCAUUUGGUCUAUCUUUACGAGGUGUUUUCCCAUCGUCGACUCUAUCUUGAUGUACGAGCCUAUCUUCCGAGCCUGUUUCCGUCGUUUGCUAGGACAACUUGCUGCGGAUGGGAUUCGAUAUGUAGAGUUCCGCAUCGCAUUUGUCUUCCAGUUCCGGAGAGAAGGGAACGACAAACCCGAUGAGGAUUACCUCGGGUGGUGCCGAGUGGUGGAGGAGGUGGUGGCGGAGUUCAAAGAAACCGAAGAGGGGCAUGGCUUCUAUGAUGCUCGUAUUAUCUGGACUACGCUGCGCCGCUUUUCCAAUGAUGGGAUUGUUCAAAGCAUGAAGCAGUGCAUCGAAACGAAGCAGGAGUUCCCCAACCUGAUCAGUGGGUUCGACCUGGUCGGGCAAGAGGAUUUGGGACGACCUCUCGUCGACCUUGUUCCACUGCUAUUCUGGUUCCGAAAGCAGUGUGCGGAAGAAGAUGUCGACAUUCCGUUCUUCUUCCACGCGGGAGAAUGUCUCGGUGAUGGCGACGAAACAGACCACAACCUCUUCGAUGCUAUCCUUCUUGGCACCCGACGAAUCGGCCAUGGAUUCUCGCUUUACAAGCAUCCUCUGCUCAUUGACUUAGUCAAAGAAAAGAAGAUCCUCAUCGAAUGCUGUCCAAUUUCAAACGAGGUUCUCCGCCUUGCUAGCUCCAUCAAGUCUCAUCCUCUACCCGCACUAUUGUCCCGAGGUGUCCCUGUUUCGCUGUGCAACGACGACCCGGCGCUUCUGGGUCACGGGCGGAAUGGAUUGACGCACGAUUUUUGGCAGGCAUUACAGGGGCUGCAAAAUGUGGACUUGGUUGGCCUAUCGAUGAUGGCCCAGAACUCCAUUCGGUGGAGCUGCUAUGAAGAUCAAUCGACCGCCGAGUGGAAAGCUGGCAUUCAGAACGGAGUGAUGGGGACGGGACUCAAGUCUGAGCGGCUGCGCGAUUUCGGAUCAGAUUUCGAGAAGUUCUGCGAGUGGAUUGUAUUGGAGUUUGCCGAGUUUGACGCCGAUGAGGACUGA